AUUAUUGACAACCUACUAAAUGAAAAUGAUAACUUGUGAACCAAAUAUCAUAGCUGAGGAGGUUGAACAUUCUUCAUAUUUUUUCCCCCAUGGCAGUUCUUUUUCUGGAAAAUAAAAAUGCCUACUCAUGACCUUGGCCCAUUUUUCUCUUGAGUUGUUCUUUUCUUACUCAUUUUUAGGAGUCUUUUAUAUAUAUUUUAGAGACCACGUCUUUGCCAGUUAUAUCAGUUACAAAUAUUUUCUCCUGUGGUACAACUUUCUUCUCUUUUGUUUCCUUUCUUUUGUCUUCUUUUCUUUAUUUCUUUUCUUUUUCUCCUGCCUCCCUCCUCUCUUUCUUCUCCCUCCGUCUUUUGAUGAAUAGAAAUUUGUAAUUGCAGUGUAGCCCAAUGUAUCAAUCUUUUGCCUUUAUGGCUAGUGCUUUGUAUGACCUGUCUAUUCCUACCCAAGAUCCUAAAGAUAGUCUCUAUUUUCUCUGACACACUUAAAGUGUUUCCUUUCACAUUUGAGUCUCUCAACCACCUGGAAAUGAUUUCUGUAUAUGAUGUGAAGCAGGGAUCCAAUUUAAUUUUUUCCAUAUGGGUUAUGUGUUGUCUCAGUAAUAUUGUUGAAUUGCUCAUACCUGGUCACUAACCCGCAACGCCACCCCUGUCAUAUAUCAGCUUUCCCUUUGAUCUCAUUGCCCAGCCCCUCUGCCAAUACCAUACCGCUCUAAUUACAAUAGUUUAUUACAACUGUUUAUAUCUUUCACUUAUACUUUCAUUGGGUCUCAGUUCAAAUAUCAGUUCUUUAGAGAUGCCUGAUCCAACCCCCCAAUUUAAGUAGAUGUACACAUUACAUGCUAUUCAUGGCUUUUACUUCAGCUCGUAAUAUACAUCCUGACUAUUUAGUUGUAAAUGGCUGACUCUCUAGAAGUUCCAUUAUGGCAGAGACCUUGUUUCUCCAGGGCUGAGCACAGUGACUGUCACAUGGAUGAAUAUACAUAGCAAAUGAAUGAAUGAAUUCCUCUCUGCCCUGUAACAUUUAACACCCUGCCUGGCACAGGGUAGUGAGCCCCAUAAUGCUUAAGAGAACAGUCCUUCCCGCCAGUGCCCCUUUUUCGCUUACUUUGUCUCCGUAAGACAUGUCCUCAGAUGACAUUCUACAUAUCUUACCUACUUGCUUACUCUUUCUCUCCCUCUACUACCAUGUAAGCUCCAUGAGGACAGGACUUGUUCUGUUUUAAUUCCUGCUGUUUCCCAGACCUCAGAACAGUGCCUGGCAACUGGUGGAUGCUCAGUAAAUAUGUAUUGGAUGAAUGAAUGAAUGAAUGAAUGAACUUAAUUUUCUCCAUCUGAUUCAAUCAACUAUUUUUGGGGGGGGGGGGCUUUGGAAUCAUUUUUCCUGUGGCUCUCUUAGUAGUUGCCUCUACCCUCCGUUCUCCCUUCUCAUUUUCCCUCCAUGUUACCAGAGAGGCAGCCCCCUUUGUUAAUCUUGGAGCAGAAUAAAGGCAGGCGUUUGUCUGGGCUUCCAGUAACUCUUAGAAGGCAAUGCCUCCCCUCUCUCCUCAGCACCCCUGCGCACUCUAGAUGCACCCUUUGCAUGUUCACGUUCUGCCGGGUUUGGCUCCUCUUUUACUGCUCUCCCGAAACACACCAUGAGCACACGUCUCACUCUCUAAAUCCAGUGUGGUCCUAAGGCCUGACAACGAGUAUGGGUUCACAAAAUGCUGAAAAAAAAGAAAGAGUGAACAUCUGUCACUGUUUUAGCCUAUAUGAGGCUCUGCCUCCACAAAACCUUCUCCAGUGGGGGGACCAGCCACCUCCACUGCCGAGAUUCCCCUGGGGAGGACUGAUGCUGUGGCCAAAUCAAAGCUUGAGGAGCCUAUGCUCUCUAAACAAUUUCCAGGCUGUUGUGGGCUUUUUGAUUGCUUUUUGACCUUGAAAAUGAUUUAGUUCCAUUUUAUUCCUGAACGGAUGGCCACUUCUGAGGUCCUAGCUGUUAAGCCUAAAUUGUGGUAGGUUGAACAAUGAACUUCUCCAAAUAGACUCACAUCCUAAAUCGUAGAACCUGUGAACACUGCCUUAUGUGGCAAAAGCAGCUUUGUUACUAUGAUCAACUUCAAGAUCUUGAGAUGGGGACACAGUCCUGGAUUGUCCAGUGGGCCUGACAUGAUCACAGUAUUCCUUACGUGACAGAAGCAGGAAGAAAUAGAGAAGGCAGUGUGAUGCCAGAAGCAGCAGCUGGAGUGACCAGUUUUGAAGAUGGAAGGAGGGUCCACAGACCAAGGAAUGCAGGCAGGCUCUGGAAUCAGAAAAACGCAAGAGAAAGGAUUUCCCCCCGAGAGCCUUUGGAAGCGACCAGCCCUGCUGAUAGCUUGACUUUAACCCAGUGAAACUGAUUUUAUACUUCUGGCUUCUAGAACUGUAAGAGAAUGCAUUUGUGCUGUUCAAAGAUAGCAAAGUUGUGGCAAUUCGUUGUAGCAACAAUGGGAAACUAAUAUACUAAAUGAACCAUUGUUUUGUCUCAUAGGGCGUGUUUGUUUAUACUUGGCUUUAUUCCAGAAAUAUAUUUCCUGUGAUUUGGAUCAGAAAAGCCAGGAAGUGCUCCUCCCCUCUGGUGCUGAUGCUCUUGUUGCUCUAACCCUGGGACUCUUUUCUCCCGUGAACCACCUCCCUCAGCAGCCUCCUGCUGCUACUCACGUCUUCAGCUUGUUUUCUCUGCCAGACCAUAUGAGCGGCCCACCCACUCCAUCCCUUCCUCCUCACCCUGGCUCUGGCCUGUCCUUUGUGCAUUGUGCAAAAAAUGUCAUCCUGAACAAAGGGUCUCAGCAGACAAACCUAGUUGACUGGGGUGAGCUUUAUGAGAGAACACUGAUGGAGCACCUCACCCAUUCCAAGCACCCAGUGCCAUGACCAGUGUAAAACAUUGCUUGAAUUGGAGUUUCUUUGGUUUUCCUGUUUAAGGAUUUCAAACUCAAGUGUCGUGAUACCACCUGAUCAGAAUUCCCCACCCUGAAGAAUCAGAAUUCUGCACCCUGCAGGUGGGCAGAGAACGAUAGCAGCGCCUUGCUUUCUGGACCAUCUUCAGCCUUGACUUGUAGAACCGAAGAAAUGCGGCAUGGAAAACCUUGCAUUUACCUGGUGAUCUGGGGCUGAUGUGGGCCUGACGGAGUAAGAUGGUAGAAAGGAAGUUCUGACAUCUGAUUAAGAGAAGUGGCAUACAAGUUCUUACCUUCAGCUGAGCGGCCCCAGCCUGCAGUUGUACAAAUAAAUCCAGCCUCAAAUUCUUCCUUUGGCUCUGGAAGACACAUUGGGCCCACAAACUGGCCUGAAGAAAAGAGCAGGACAGGGUUUGGAGGAGAGGACACCCUAAGCCACUCACCAUUUGACUGUUACCCUAAUAAUAUGAACAAUGCCUGUGAGUGAAGAGAAAGAAAGAAAAGUAUAAGAUAUAGCAGAGUCCAGAUGAAGAGGUUUGGGAGAAAAACAAGUGCAAUUUUUGUCUUAGGGGCUGAAAGUUUGGGAUGGCAUUUCCAAUUUUUGGAGCAAGCCAAUAGUGCAUAUGAUUAUUCUGAACACACAUUUUCUGGAACUCGAUGGAUGGACAUCUUGAGGGACUUGGAUCCUGGCCCACACUCAUGACAUAUCUGGUUAUGAGGAAACUGAGUGGAGACCAUGGUCUAUGCUGCCUGACACAUUGUCAGAUAUUGGAUUUAAAUCUUUAUGCAAGUGGAAAGUGGCAGGUUGCUCGAGAAGAGUGGGGUGGAGAGAAGAUGUCCUGAUUCACACACCACAGUGGUGCUAGGCUAGAAGGGUUGCCAGGUCAUUCUUUUCAUCAUGUUUUCAAGGAGAGCCUAGAAAGCCCUGCCUGAUAAUCACCCUGCUUCUUUACCUGGCUGAACCCUCUAAUCCUUAUUCCUCAACUUGGGCAACACCUCAACUGAGAAGUCUUCCUUCGUUUCCUCGAGCUGUGGCAGUCCACGAUGUCAUCUAAGGAUUGGCUGAUUCCUUCUCAUCCCUUCAAGGUUUCUCAGUAUAAUGCAAGCUAGACUAUGCACCUGCCCUCAGGAAAAGGAUCAAGUCAGAAAAACAUGUCAAAAUCAACUCGUUACUUUUUGGUCCAGUAAUUGGAUAAAUGGUGAUAGUAUUUACUGAAAAGAGAAUACUGGUGCAGAGGCACAUUUGGGAUGAGGGUAGAAAAUCAAGAGCUGACCUUUCUAUAAUCACUUAGGUUAUUUACAGUUUAUGUUAUUACAAUCAGUAUUGCUGUAACAUCAUUUUACAUAUUCUUGUACACUUGGGGAAGACUUACUCUACAGUAUUUCAUACAGUAUAGGAGUAAAAUAGCUGAAUUCUAAGGUAAUCGAGUCUCCAAUUUUAAUAUAUUCAUGGAAUUUGAAAAGAAAAUUUGUGUGCACAAAGUAUUCUAGAAGUGAGGCAAAGUUACCAUUUAAAAAUUUUAAUUGUAGGGUUCUCUACAGGUAUCGUCAUUAAAUUAAGAUACCCCAUUAAUGUGGGGUAAUUUCAACCAUUUUAAUCUCUGGUUCUGAUUUCAAUAGCCACCAUUAAAUGAAUAGAUGGAAAACCACACAGCAGUGACAGAGUUCAUUAUUCUGGGAUUAACAGAUAAUCCCACACUAUGUGCCAUCUUCUUUGUGAUUUUUCUGGGAGUUUAUGUAGUUACCAUAGUGGGAAAUAUCAGUAUAAUCAUCUUAAUCCGAAGCAGCCCACAGCUGCACACCCCAAUGUACCUUUUUCUCAGCCAUUUGGCCUUUGUGGACAUUGGGUAUUCCACGUCAGUCACGCCAAUCAUGCUAAUAAGUUUUUUAAGAGAGAAAACAACUAUCCCUAUCACUGGUUGUAUAGCCCAGCUUGGCUCUGAUGUCACUUUUGGGACUACAGAAUGCUUCCUGCUGGCUACCAUGGCCUAUGAUCGCUAUGUGGCCAUCUGCUCUCCCUUACUCUACUCCACCCAGAUGUCCUCAGUGGUCUGCUUCCUCCUACUGGGGGCUUCCUACCUGGGUGGAUGCAUGAACGCCUCAUCAUUUACAGGCUGUCUGAUGAAUCUAUCUUUCUGUGGACCAAAUAAAAUCAACCAUUUUUUCUGUGACCUCUUUCCACUCUUGAAGCUUUCUUGUGGCCAUGUUUUUAUUGCUGAAAUAUCUCCCGCCAUCUCUUCUGCAUCCGUCCUCAUAAGCACACUGUUUACCAUAAUUGUGUCCUACAGCUACAUCCUCCACUCAAUUCUGAAUAUGCGCUCUACUGAGGGGAGGAAGAAGGCCUUCUCAACCUGCACUUCCCACCUCACUGCCGUCACUUUGUUUUAUGGGACAGUUUUGUUCGUUUAUGUGAUGCCCAAGUCCAGUUAUUCAGCUGAUCAGGUCAAAGUGGCCUCUGUCAUCUAUACAGUGGUGGUCCCCAUGUUGAAUCCCCUCAUCUACAGUCUGAGGAACAAGGAGGUGAAAGGGGCCAUGAGAAAACUAAUGGCCAGAACACACUGGUUUUCCUGAAUCGGAUCAGAUAUAAAUCCAUAAAUAACAAAGCAAUGAUUUGGGGAAACAUUUGUGCUGGAUACUUUAAUGAUAUUUAUCAUUAACUCAUCACUUUGAUAGUGAAGAACUCCUAUAAAUGUAAAAAGCCAAUGUUUACUUCCAUAUAGAAAGUUAAAUGUAUCAUUUAAUGUGGAAAUCUGUUUCAUUCAAAUUAAAUAUGAACUUUUCAAGGUAAGAAUACCUGCUUGCAAAAUAGUUUCAUUAAUCAGUUGUGAGUCCUAUAUUAAAUACAGAGAGCUAUUUCCACCAAAGAUCAAAUUUAAUUGAAUUCCAUCUAGUUAAAUAACAUUUGGGAAAAAAAUUUGUCCCCAACAGAUCUGUAAUAAAAGAUAAUAUUGACAAGUCAGGACGUUCAGGCCACUUCCUGUAAAGGUACUGCCCUGCCUUUGUCAAUGUAUAUUUAAACAUUUGGGAACAUUGAUGUUCAUGUCUCCAGAAAGCCUCUAGGUCCACUUUAUUGAAGCGAGAGCAAAGGUCAUGAUUCCUCUGCUUGGCCAUUAAGAGAUCCAACCCAGAUAACACAGAAGAGACCUUGUAUACACCUGUGCUGACUCUUUUUACAAUGUAAGUCUUACCAGAUGAGUCUAGGGUAAGAUUUCAGAAGCUGAGGUUUCUUUGGAGGGGGAGACUGGGACAUUAGGACUUUGUUUCAGCAAUAAUUUAUAGGUAGGAGGCACGAAAUUAUGGGUCAGGCAAAUAAUACGUUUGCCACACAUUUUGUAAUGUCUCUCAAGGAGGCGUCCACUCUCCCUGCUUCUUCCACUGACCUUUUGGCGCUUAUGAUCCCGUCUGGUUAUGGCAGUUGCCUCUAAAUUGAUUCCCUGCCUCCUGUAUGCCUUUCACAAUGAUUUAUGAUUAAUAUUUUAGCUACUAUAUUUUGUUAGCAUAUGAAUGAUGUCAGACAAAUUCUGAGACACUUUGGAGGAACCACUUUGCGAGCUGAGCUGGUAAAGCGCCAAAGUCAGCACGGACACAGCCCUUUGCAAAGAGAGGGCUCCCAAAGGUAUGACUUCAGUCUUGGAAAAGGGCAUGUUCGAGUCACGGUGGGAGAUCUGCACUCUGGUGGUUGAAGUUUUUCGCUGAGUGUUUCUGGAAGUCUUUGUCUUCUUCUUUCCUCCUAUAGUUUGCUUUUCACCAGGAUUCAUCUUCAGCCCUCUUCCCUCUCCUCCUUCCCAUGAUCCCCAUAGGUAAUCUUAUCUUCUCCCAUGAGCUCAGCUGCCACUGGUGUGGUGAGAGUCCCUACACACCUUCCUUGAAGGACAGAUGAACUUCUUCACUGGCCUUUCCCCCCAAGACUCUCAAACUCAGUGUGCCCUGACUGUAUUUAUCGUAUUUCUCACAAAAUUAUUCCUUUUCCUCUGGUUCUUUCCCAAUUAGUGGCAACUCUUUGUAAGGCCUAGUACUGCAAGAGAUUUGGGGCAACUCUCACCACACACCCAUCAAAAUAGUCUGCCUCCCUCCACCCCAUUCCUUCUGUCAGAUGGAAGACAUGUUGCAUACUGGCAUCUCCCAUAUCUAAGUCUCUUCUGUCUAAGCAUGUAAAGACUCCCCAGUUGAUUGUGGUAAGUCCAUACUGAGAUUUUUCCCUUCAUAUUUCCACUUGAAGGGAUUCAAUAAUCCAAUCACCCAGAUGUAGGGUGUGUGGCACUGUUACAACUUUUAGUGGAGAGGAUAGGCCUCGACACAUCUUUUCCCUCCCAAGUUCUCAAUCAACCGAGGAGAUGACAAAAAGAGAAGGCAUAUGGGAGAGCAAAAAUAUUAACGUAUAUCAACGAAGGAGCUGAUAUUAGAGUAUGUGACACAUAUUUGUGGACACGUGCUUUCAUGUUCUGAAUCCCAGAAUCUGACACUCCCCUUCCCUGUCCCUGGUCUCUGCAGUGAGAGUAGGCCUGCCUCCAUCCAUUUAUAGCAUGGCCAAGAGCAGCCCAGAGCACGGAGGGCAGACUCACUCCCCAGAGAAAGGGGAAGGCAAAAGGCUGGGAUUUCUGUUACAGGUUGAAGUGUGUCCCUCAAAAAUUCAUCCUAACCACCAGCAUCUCAGAAUGUGAUCUUACCUGGGAAUAUGGUUGUUACAGGUGUAAUUGGUUAAGAUCAAGUCAUAUUGGAGGAGGCUGGGCUUCUAAUCCAAUAUUACUGGUAUCCUUAUUUUUUUUUUUAAAAAAAAGAAGAAUUUGGAUACAGACAGCACACAGGAGGAACCUCAUAUGAAAAUAAAAACAGAGAAGUGGGUUAUGCUUCUACAAUCCAAGUGGGUUAUGCCCACAAACCAUCAGAAGCUAAGUGAGAGAGAUGGAAGGAAUCCCACAGUUCUCAAAAAGAAGCAACCCUGCUGACACCUUGAUCUUGGACUCCUGAACUGUGAAAGAAACAAUUUUUGUUGUUUAAGCCACUCAGUUUAUGGUACUUUGUUAAGGUACCGAGCUAAUAUUACUAUAUAUCUAGUUUUCCCCUCCAAACUUAUCAUCAGCUAAUUUAUUACUUCUAGGGAAGGAAGGAG